GCCAGAAAUCAAGCCAACCAGCAACAACAACAGCAACAUCAGCAACCAAAGAAAGAGGAAAAGAAAGACAACACGCGUCCCAUCAGUAGCACACCAGUGAGUGGUACAGCAUGGUGUGUGGUGUGGACUGGCGAUGGAAAGGUAUUCUUCUAUAAUCCUUCAACGAAGACGUCGGUAUGGGAAAGACCUCCAGAAAUGUAUGGAAGAGCUGAUGUUGAUCUGCUUGUAAGCAAAUGUCCAGAAGUGAAGAAAGGUUCGCUUUCCUUUUCAACCCCUGGCAAUAAGAAAGACGAGCCAGAGCAACCACCUGGUGAGGGUGGUGAGUCUGAUUCUGGGUCCGAUGAGGAUGAUGAUGGUGAAGGACCACCGAAGAAGAAGAGUCGAUCGGAGCGUAAAAAGGAAGCUCUGUUGGCUCAACAGAAGAAGGAAAAGGAAAAGCCUGUUCGGCAGAUGCUGGAGAAGCCUGUCGAUCCGGCCGUAGCCGCCGAGUUGCAAGCUCAGCGUGAUCGUGAGAAGUUACCACUGGAGGAACGUCUUCUACAAUUCAAAACAAUGCUUGGAGAGAAGGGCGUUGCUACAGGUAGCACGUUUGAAAAAGAGCUAUCGAAGAUCGUAUUUGACCCGCGCUACUUGUUACUGAGCGCCACGGAACGGAGAGCGUGCUUCGAUGCGUACGUGCGUGAGAAGCUUGAACAGGAACGCGCUGAGAAGAAACGCCGCAUGAAAGAAGCCAAAGAAAAGUUCCAAGAGUUACUCGCUGAAGCGGAACUGCAUGGAAAGUCGUCAUUUUCGUCGUUUGGAUCGAAGUUUGGCAAGGACCCGCGCUUCAAGGCAGUUGAAAAAAUGCGUGAUCGUGAAGAUCUCUUCAAUGAAUUUGUUGGUGAGCUGCACAAAAAGGAGAAGGAGGAACGAAGAGAGAAGAAAGAGAAGGCAAGAAUUGAAAUUUUUCGUGCCAAGAAGGAGUACCUUGCAAUGCUUGCUGAGCAGACGAGCUUCACACGAAAGACAAAGUGGUCGACGGCGAAAAAAUUGCUAGAAAAUGAUGAACGGUACAAAGCAGUGGAGAGUUCUUCAUCAAGGGAACAAAUGUUCCGCGAUCACGUUGAGAAGCUCGGAGACGAAAGUUUAUCGGAUAUUGAAGAGGAAGCUGAGCGGGAGAAACGUCUUGCAGCUGAUGCAGCAAUCGCAGCCAGACAGCGAGAGAAACCCCUUCUAUUAAGGUGGAAGCAGAGUUGGGCGACAAGCUCCGUGAACGUGAUUUGGAAAGCGAAAGGCAGUCGAUUGCAGGAGCACCAAGAGCGCUUUAAUGCCCUUCUUGUAGAUAUGAGGCCACUUGGCAUGAAGCCAGACGAGUUCUGCAGAAAAGAUGAACGAUAUGCAGAGUGUGACUUGCUGGAUAAGGAGAAGAAAGAGAACGCUUUCAACGAGCACGUGCGAAGUCUUGAGAAAAAACGACGUGACGCUUUCUUCCUUGUGCUCGACGAGCAUCCAAAAAUUACAACGCAAACUCGAUGGAAGGAUGCGCGUCGUAUCAUUCAAGAUGAAGAAGAGACGUUUUCCAAAGUGGCGAGCAAUAGUGAAAGGGAGUAA